ACACACAGAGGGCGGGGAGGACACGGUUUAUAAGGAUAUGAAACUGCUCCCUAUGUUCGCCAUAUUGGCUCCAUUUGUGCAGUGGUUUACGACACGAGGUUAACUGACGUAUCCAAAAUGAAGUCAGUUUCAUAAUCACUUAUACUAUAGAAACCUGGAGGAGGAGAGCGGGACUAGCAGCUGCCCGUUAGUAACCUAGAAGACCGUGUUGUUAAUGUUAUUGACCGGGAGCGCGAGAGUAAGCGCGAGCCUUUAAACGCUCCUUCCUUGAAGCCGAAACGUUAAAACAAAACAAACAAACAAAAAAAAAACAACAAGUAAACGUUUUCGUUUUCUCUAAUUAUAAGAUGGUUCUGACAGUCUGUAAAUAAGAGACUUGUCUGUUCUCAGUUUCUCUCUGUGCUGGUGCCUGGUUUUGUUUCAAAUUCCCCUCCCCUCCUCAGAGCCCGGAGAUAAGUUUCUCUGCUCUGGCCGCUGCUAGUGACGGAGAGAGGAACAAUAUGGCGCCGGGAGUUGCUGCUGCUUCUGGUCCAGUCCUAGACUGAAGCCGGGGAUGUUACACGAUGAACCUCUGCACACAAUAUUUACGGCAGGCAGAGGCCCUGAAGGCAGACAUGACAGAUUCAAAGUUAGGUCCAGCAGAGGUCUGGACAUCAAGGCAAGCACUGCAGGACCUUUACCAGAAAAUGUUGGUGACUGACCUGGAGUACGCUCUGGACAAGAAAGUGGAGCAAGAUCUCUGGAACCAUGCUUUUAAAAAUCAAAUAACAACACUACAGAGUCAAGCAAAAAACAGGGCGAAUCCCAACAGGAGUGAAGUGCAGGCCAAUUUGUCACUUUUCCUUGAGGCAGCUAGUGGCUUCUACACACAGUUGUUACAGGAGCUGUGUACAGUGUUUAACGUGGAUCUGCCUUGUCGGGUGAAAUCUUCACAACUUGGAAUAAUAAGCAAUAAACAGACUAACACCAGCGCCAUCGUAAAGCCACAACCUAGUUCAUGCUCUUACAUCUGCCAGCAUUGCCUUGUCCACCUAGGGGACAUUGCACGCUACCGUAACCAAACCAGCCAGGCAGAGUCAUAUUACAGGCAUGCAGCUCAACUUGUACCUUCAAAUGGUCAACCUUACAAUCAGCUAGCUAUUUUAGCUUCCUCGAAAGGAGACCACCUCACAACAAUUUUCUACUACUGCAGAAGUAUUGCAGUCAAGUUUCCUUUUCCAGCUGCUUCUACCAACCUAGAGAAGGCUCUGUCUAAGGCUCUUGAGAGCCGGGAUGAAAUAAAGACCAAGUGGAGCGUAUCAGACUUUGUCAAAGCCUUUGUUAAGUUUCACGGUCAUGUGUAUUUGAGCAAGAGCCUAGAAAAACUGAACCCCCUGAGAGAGAAGCUGGAGGAGCAAUUUCAGAAACUUAUUCUUCAGAAGGCGUUCAGCUCACAGCAACUUGUUCACAUCACUGUAAUUAACCUGUUUGAACUGCAUCACUUGCGAGACUUCAGCAGUGAGACUGAUGAUCAUAGCUAUAGUCAGGAUGAACAGCUCAGCUGGAUCCAGCUAUUGGCACUUUUUAUGUCUUUCCUUGGAGUCAUGUGCAGUCGAGCAUUGCUGAAUAAGAAUCUGGAGGAAACAUUAGGUGAAUGUCCUCUCCCAGCUAUCAAGGUUUCCUUGGAUUGGAUGAAGCUUAGACCUGUGUUCCAUGAGAGUUCUGUAAAUGAAAGACAGCAUAUUUGGCCAUGGCUGGUUUCUCUCUUGAACAGUUUUCAGCCAAAGGAAGAUGAUGUUUCUGGGACCUCAGAAACCCCUCUCCCAGAAGAAUUUGAGCUGCAGGGGUUCUUGGCCCUCAGACCUGCACUCAGGUAUUUUUUGGAAUUCCCAUUGUCAAUUUCACUUCGUGCCAGGAACCUGGAUUUCUUGAAGGGGCACCAAGGCAUUGUAGUAGACAAGGAAGGUCAACAAUUGAGGACACGUCACCAGAGACUGAUCUGUCUAGGAAAAUGGGUGGCAGAAAAUCACCCCAGACUGCUUCAGUGCAGAAGUGAGGAGGAUAGACUUGUUUUUGUAACUGACAUCCCAGAACUAGUCAUUGAAGAGCUGCCUGAGAACAAAGAUGGUCCAGUCUUGCAGGAAUCUUCCAAUGCAGAGCAAACUUCCAACGAGGGCAACCAAGGACUUAAAUCAGUACUUUCUAUUGGCAAGACCCAGAACUGCAGUUUAGAGAGUGGAGAGAAACCUGUUGUGACAUUCAAAGAAAAUAUUAAGCCCAGGGAGCAGUCCAGGGAUCCGACAAGAAACCACCAUCCUAAAGAAGGGAUGAAGGAAAGGAGGGACUAUAAUAAAGGCAAUAUUAUGUCAAGCAAAACUGAUUUAAAGAAAGACAAGAGAAAGAGUGAACCUAAGAAAAACGGCAAUGAGAAGACAACAGAGCUAGGAAAGCAGAACGUGGCGGUGCAGGUAAAGGCACAAUCUGAAGUGAGGAAGACUCCAGUUACUCAGACUCUGACACAGACUAGCAGCUCCUCACAGUUCAUCCCAAUUCACCACCCAGGAGCUUUCCCCCCUCUUCCCAGCAGACCAGGAUUCCCCCCACCUGGGUAUGUUAUACCUCCACCAGUUGCUUUUUCAAUGAGCCCUGGUUACACGUUCUCAACUGGGGUAUCUGUACCAGGACCUUUCCUCCAGUCUGCCACCCAUUCCCAGACAGGUAAUCCCGUCCAAUCUGGGAAGCAAUCGCACAUUCCCUACAGUCAGCAGAGGCCAUCGGGGCCAGGGGCUUUGAAUCAAGGACCUCAGCAGCAACAGGGUCAACAGCAACCACACACAGCACCACCACCACAACAAGGGCAGCCUCCAGCUCAGCUUCAGGUUCAGUCUAUGUUACAGCAACAGCAAUCGCCAACUAAACUAGUGCAGCAGCUUGGGAAAAGCCCCCCUUAUCCUGGGAUGCAGCAGUACAUGCAAGCUGACCAAUCCAACCAGCUGUGGAAUCAGCACCAGACACAGCCUCCAAUCCAAAAGUUGCCAUUACAGAUGCCUGUAAAACAGCCAUUUUACAUGCAGACUCAGGAUCCACUAAAGCUGUUUGAGCAGUCUCUUCAAACCAUACAAGUGCAGCAACAACAGCAGGUUAAUAUGGAGAAGAAACUGAGGCAGUUCCCUGUGGAACCCUUCCCCCAGAGCACUUCGGAUGUUAAAGCACAGGAUUUUUACUGGGAUUCUCCAUACCGCAUGACUGAGAACAGGCAGAUGAUUGGACAACAAGUAAACAAUGAGCGCUUGGUCAAGAGGCAACAGGGGGUCUUCUGCCCAGACCAGGACAGUGUACCAAGGGUGCCAUCCUUUGAGGACACCAAGAGCUCCCCUCUUCUACCUCCCGAUCUGUUAAAAAGUUUAGCUGAUUUUGAGGAGGAAGAGCUGGCCUUUACUAAACCUCAUGAUUUUUACCAGGCCUUGGCCGGCCCUCUAGGCACUGCUCCCGGAAGAAACCUAUUUUUGCCAAACCAGUCAAGGCUGGAAAGACCAUCAGAGCUGAUAGCACAGCCUUCAUCACUUCUCUCCUUGUCUGGGUUUUCGAUUCAGGAGAACAUCUAUCAAAAUAACAGCAUUUUCAGUGAAGCCUAUGGUAAGAACAUGGCAACCAGCACAAAGCCGGAGGCAACCUGUUCCCUGUCACACCAGGAGCCUUCACUGUACUCCCUUUUUGAAGGAACUCCAUGGUCUCCAUCCCUUCCUGCCAGCUCAGGGCUCCAACAACAGGAAGCACAGACCAGAUGUGUAGAUGACAGACCCAGAGCAAGCCAUCCUAGAGUGAUUUCCCCUGUCCAGGACCAGCACAUCCACCUGCAUCCCCUGAGAGAUCGUUUUAGAACAGCAGAACAAACGGCCCGAGAAACAACUGAUUAUCCGCACAGGCGCAUCAGCAGUGAUACAAUAUGCUGCCGAGAUCACUCAACACCAGCAAGCCAGUCUCCUCACUCCUCCAAUCCCAGCAGCUUGCCAUCUUCCCCACCAACUCACAAUCACAACUCCAUCCCUUUCUCUAACUUCGGACCCAUAGGGACCCCUGACAGUAGGGAUAGGAGGAUGGCUGAUCGCUGGAAAAUGGAAAAGUCAGCCAUGAGUGGAUUUGGAUUGGACUAUCUGCCUGCUACUUCUUCCUCUGCUUUGGAGAACAGCUGGCAUCAGACUAGCACUCCCUGCAGCACCUGGGCUGCCCAGGAAUCCCCCAUGGAAGAAUCCUCCACUGUCCUCCUGGACAGUCUGAAGUCAAUCUGGUCAAGCUCGAUGAUGCAUCCCGGACCUUCAGCGCUGGAGCAGCUGCUGAUGCAGCAGAAACAGAAGCAGCAGAGGGGGCAUGUCACAAUGAACCCACCACACUGAAAGGCAAGGAUGGGCACAACUUGUGAAUCCAAGCUCCACUGAAUUAACGGCAUGUUGGGUUAGCAGUAAAUGACCCACACGGUCCCUCGAUGCGGGUGGCAGCCCUCUCCUCUCUCUCUGUGUCUCUGUGACAAGAGGGUGUAAGUGCUCUACCAAGCCGCUGAGUGUGCACGAAGCUGUGACCUGAGCAACAAACAGAUUUUUUAAGUAGAAAUAAAAAAUCUGAACACUCAUGCUUCCUGACAACCUCCAAAGGAAGGAUCAUCAUCCGUCUCACUCGGUUACCUAACACCACUCAUCCACAGAGCCUCUUCUUAUCCUCUCUACAUUGUAUGUCCAGAAGACUGUCGGGCUGUAUAGAGAAGUGAAGAAGGUGGAAAAGACAUGCAGACUGGCUGGUUAAGUUAGAGAGAGCUGUAAAGUCUUGAUUUCUUUUAAAAAUAAAGUAACGAAUGCUUUGCUCGUUAAGAAAGUAAAACUGAAUAUUUUAACAUCUUUAUUAUUACAGUAGGAGUACACUUUAUUUCUACUGAACACAUCUGUUUGUGAUCUGAAUGCAGAUCCAGCAGACCCAUUCGAUUCAAUGUACUGUCUACUGAAUGAUGGGCACUGGGAGAUGCUUUUGUAAAUGUAUUUAAUUAAAAAGGGCAUCUCUUUAGUCUUGAAAGGUAUUGUGUAAAAGAAGAGCAGAUGCCUCACAGCACCAUUAGCUAAACAUAGAUGUAGUUGGUAAUGUUAAUAGCUGCAGUAGAGAUUGCAAUUAGUCAAUACUGUAUUUUUGUGUUUUUUUUUUUUUUUUUUUUUUUUUUUUUAAUUUUUAUUCUGUAGCAAUCCAAAAAAACAAAAAUCCUGGGUAAUGUGCACUGCAGUUAACUGGUUAAGCAGCUGUCUACUUAUAAGGUUUUAAAUGAGUGUUCCUCCUUUAUUUCUCCCCCCUCCCUUGUUUUGAUUUAUAAUAUCUGAAAUUGUACUAUUACUUACCAGAGAUUUGAUUCUUUAUUUAGUUCAUGUUCUGCCUUCUUUUAAUAGUCUAUAUCCAGCUUUAGGUGGCUUUCUUUGUGACUGGCUCGUAGUUUUAUAUCAUGGUGAGCAGUGUCUUUUAAAAAAAAAAAAGUUAAAAAUAAAUAUAAGUAGAUGGGUCCAGCAAAGCUGCUGGUUCAGCAAUACAGGGCACAAAGCCAGGUCUGAGGGUAAAUAGUGAUUGACAGUAAUGCAGCCGAGUGCUUGUUCGUACUUGCAAUUCCCCUUAAAAAAAAAAAUAAAUAAAUAAAAAAAGACCGGGUUGGCACUGCAAAGCCGCAGCACAAUUCAAGAGAUUAAAUGUAAUUUAAUAUGGGCAUCCUCUAGUUUUAUCACAGGAUCAGAACCUACGGGUCACAGGUGUACAUGGUUAAGAAAAGUAUAUAUAUAUAUAUAUAUAUGGUUAUUUCUUUACAAUCUGGGCAGCAAAGGAGACAUUUUUAUUUGGUAUUUAAAGGGUAAAAUAAGAAUGAAUCUCAUGUGUACGAGAGAAAACUAGCAUUUCUUUAUAUUUUCAUGUAGGAAAGCAUUUUAUUAAAUGGAGUAACUAUAAAUGAAAUGUCUACUUGCUGUGUGAUCAUGCUUUUCUUGUUGCAUUUCACAUUUAAAAAAAAAAGAAAAAG